AUGUUUGGGGAGAAGUCCUUUAUUGCCCCUACCGCAUAUAAGAGACGACGUCGGAUGUCAUCAAGACCAGUGUCAGGUUGCACAAGACGCCAUAGAUUUUGGGCCAGAAGGACACGUCAACGACUCGCCAUGGAGAUUGUCUCAUGCUAUGCACCUACAAAGCCAGGACAGUCUCCACCAACGCCGAUCUUCACGCUCUUCUCGAAGCUGCAAGGCGCAUCAACUACCAUGUCAUCGCUUUGCAGGACAUAA